GUAUUAAUGGAAAAGAGAAAAACAAAAUCGGUCGAUAUAUUUUCAUUAGGUUGUAUUUUCUAUUACUUUAUUACAAACGGUCAACAUCCAUUUGGUGAUAGAAUUUUCAGAGUGGUCAAUAUUGUAUCAGAUAAACCAAAUUUUGAACAUCUCGUUGCUGUCCAACCAAUACUAUGCGAUCUUAUUAAACAAAUGGUUUCAAAAGACGAAAAAUCAAGGCCAACCAUCGAUCAAAUCACACAACAUCCAUUCUUUUGGAAUUAUGAUAAGAAGAUUAAAUUCAUUGAUAAUUUAAAUAAUUUGUUUAAAGACCAAAAUCUAUUUGAUUCAAAUUUAAAUAGAUUAUUAAACUUUAUAGAUAUUGAAGAUAGUGGCUGUAGUAGCAAUACAUUAUAUUUAGGUAAACCUUGGAAUAAAAUUAUUGAUACCGUAUUAAUAGACCAUAUUACAAAUAAACAAAAAAAACAAAAACAAAAUAACAAAAAAACAUAUAUCUACAAUUAUGACUCCAUCAAAGAUUUAAUAAGAUGCAUUAGAAAUACAAUUCAACACCACAAAGAAAUACAACAAAUAAUCCAAGAAUACAACAUAAAUCACUAUAGCAAUAACAAUAAUAACGAAGCCAUCAUUUUAUCUCUGUCGAGUCAUGAAAGUGUGAUAAAGUAUUUCGAAUCAAAACUACCAGAUUUAUUAUUUUUUAUUUAUAAAAAGUUAAAAAACCAUGAUGAUUUUAAAAAACUUUACUUUAAUUUUUAAAUAAACUUUUUUUUUUAUAAAAU